UGAGCGUCGGCUCGCUUAGCGGACGUGCAGAAGCGGACGUGUUAAGGCAGGAAAGGGGCGUUCAGUGUCCCUCAGACGGCAUCAGUUUUAUCCGUUUCGUUUUUAGGCACAUUUAUCUAAAGAAGAAAAAUGUCGCGGCCGGACAACAAGAAGUUUUUUGAGAAUCUGUCAGGAGCUGAAAAAGCCAUAGCUGUGUUGACGAGCGGAGGAGAUGCUCAAGGAAUGAAUGCAGCGGUGCGGGCUGUGGUGCGAAUGGGAAUCUAUGUGGGAGCCAAAGUCUAUUUCAUUCGUGAGGGAUAUCAGGGGAUGGUGGAUGGAGGUGAUAACAUAAAGGAGGCCACAUGGGAAAGUGUUUCCAGCAUGCUGCAAGUGGGUGGCACAGUGAUCGGAAGCGCACGGUGUAAAGAGUUCAGGUCACAUGAGGGUCGACUGAAGGCUGCCCAUAACCUGGUGCAGCGUGGCAUCACCAACCUGUGCGUCAUUGGUGGUGAUGGCAGUCUAACGGGUGCCAACCUCUUUAGGGAGGAGUGGAGUGGUCUACUGGCAGAACUCGUCCAGCAGGGUCUGAUCGAUGAGGAGGCUGUACAAAAAUAUUCUGCCCUGCACAUCGUGGGGAUGGUAGGAUCCAUCGACAAUGAUUUCUGUGGUACAGACAUGACAAUCGGAACUGAUUCUGCUCUCCACAGAAUCAUCGAGGUUGUAGAUGCCAUCAUGACUACUGCUCAGAGCCAUCAAAGGACAUUCGUUUUGGAAGUGAUGGGCAGGCAUUGUGGCUACCUGGCGUUGGUGAGUGCUUUAGCCUGUGGUGCUGACUGGGUUUUGAUUCCCGAGAUGCCCCCUGAGGACGGCUGGGAGGAGAAGAUGUGUGAGAAACUAUCUGCGAAUCGGGCGGGAAGAAAAAGGCUGAAUAUCAUUAUAGUAGCCGAGGGCGCCAUUGAUCAUAGCAACAAGCCUAUAACUACAGAUUAUGUAAAAGAUCUGGUGGUGCGCUGUCUGGGCUUUGAUACUCGUGUGACCAUACUGGGUCACGUUCAGAGAGGAGGGACACCCUCAGCUUUCGACAGAAUCCUGGCCAGUCGUAUGGGUGUGGAGGCUGUACUUGCUUUGCUGGAGACCACGGCUAAUACACCGGCCUGCGUCGUGUCUCUGUGUGGAAACCAGGCUGUUAGACUGCCUCUCAUGGAAUGUGUACAGAUGACGCAGGAGGUGCAGAAGGCCAUGGAUGAGAAGAAGUUUGAAGACGCUGUGAAGCUGCGUGGCAGGAGUUUUCAGAACAAUCUAAAGACAUACAAGCUGUUGGCUCACCGCAAACCAGAAUAUGAUCUUCCACAAAGCAACUUCAACGUGGCAGUGUUGAAUGUUGGCGCUCCGGCAGCAGGCAUGAACGCAGCCGUUCGCUCUGCCGUCAGGGUUGGCAUCUCCGAGGGACACAAAAUGUUUGCCGUUAAUGAUGGCUUUGAGGGAUUCUAUAAAGGACAGAUAAAGGAGAUUAAAUGGGGUGAUGUAGGAGGCUGGACCGGCCAGGGAGGAUCCUUGCUAGGGACCAAAAGGACACUUCCGGCAAAGCAUGUCGACAAAAUUGCUGAGCAGAUUCGAAAAUAUAAUAUAAACGCACUGCUGGUCAUCGGUGGAUUUGAGGCCUACCUGGGGAUCAUGGAGUUGUUAGAUGCCCGUGAGACAUACGAUGAGUUGUGUGUUCCUAUGGUCAUGGUGCCAGCCACAGUCUCCAACAAUGUGCCGGGCUCAGACCUCAGCAUUGGCGCAGACACUGCUCUCAAUGCAAUCACUGCUGCUCUUGAGUGUCUGCUGCAGCUUUAUGAAGCUCGCACCAACUUUGAGGAGUUUUGCAUCCCGAUGUGUAUGCUGCCUGCUACCAUUAGUAACAAUGUGCCAGGCACUGACCUCAGUAUCGGGGCAGACACUGCCCUUAAUGCCAUUGUGGAGACAUGUGACCGUAUCAAGCAGUCUGCCAGUGGUACAAAGCGACGUGUGUUCAUCAUCGAGACCAUGGGAGGUUACUGUGGCUAUCUGGCCAGUGUGGGUGGUCUGGCAGCAGGUGCUGAUGCUGCUUACAUUUAUGAAGAGCCCUUCGACAUUCGAGACCUGCAGUCUAAUGUGGAGCACUUAACAGCGAAGAUGAAGACCAGCAUUCAGAGAGGACUCAUCCUGAGGAAUGAAAACUCUAAUGAGAACUACACUACAGACUUCAUUUACCAGCUGUAUUCAGAGGAGGGCAGAGGUGUGUUCGACUGCAGAAAAAAUGUACUGGGCCACAUGCAGCAGGGAGGUGCUCCAUCCCCAUUUGACCGUAACUUUGGGACUAAAAUUUCAGCCAAGGCCAUGCAGUGGAUCUCAAAGAAGCUAAACGAGUGCUACAGGCAAGGAAGAGUGUUUGCUAACACAGAGGACUCGGCAUGUUUGCUGGGGAUGCGUCGCCGUAACCUCGAAUUCCAGCCUGUGGUUCAGCUGAGGGAUGAGACAGACUUUGUUCACAGGAUUCCCAAAGAGCAGUGGUGGCUGAAGCUGCGUCCUUUGAUGAAAAUCUUAGCCAAGUACAAGACAAGCUACGACGUGUCUGACUCCGGACAGCUGGAGCACGUCAGCCGCGACAAGGAGUCUGAUGCCACCGUCGCGAUCUGAGGUCACGUGUGGUCACCCCUCUGCAUUUAGUGUGUGCUGAUGCAGAUGCUUCUGUACUCUUUCCACAUACCAUCGUCCUUCGGUCAUGGUGUUAAAGCCUGCUUGUCCUUACAGUUAGGUUGUGUCCCGAAUGCACUGUUCUAUAGGAGUGUUUUUAGCAAAGGGGUCAUUGUGACCUCGGCUUUUAGUGUGUACACUUUCAUGCAAGCCAAUGCACAGUGAUGCGCUCAGUCUGUUUCAUGUGUACGUAGCUCUACUUGUGUUAACAUGUUGGUUAAUCAGAGGCAAUAGAGCACUGAUUGUGAAAGUGUGAAUGUAAUUUAUGUGCAAAUAAAUUAUUUAAAUCUCA